UGUUUUGUGUUAUUUUACACAGUUGAAAAGUACAAUUAUCUUUAACGCUGAUUAUAAACACUUAACCUGUACUUAAUAAUUUUAAUACGGUUGUUGAGUUUACACUCUAUCCGUAGUGCACAUGAACGCAGCAAUCUUGUUUAACACGUGAUCGGCUAAUGUUAACGGAGCUUUAUCAUUUGCAGAAUUUACGUGUUGUGGUGUGUUUUUGGUGGGGUCUGCCACAUUUUUCUGCGCCGUCAGCGACAAGCAAGAGAUUUUUAAAAACCCUUCUGAGAGGUGAUGGAUGUUGGCGCAAGUCCGGUGCUCUAUGAGCUGCUGGCCGAGAUGGGCCAGGGCUCCUUCGGCAAGGUGUACAAGGCCAGAGAGUUGGGUGAGAGAGGGCGCCUCCUGACGGUGAAGAAGUUCCAAUUCUGCAGCGAGUCGUCGCUGUCUUCGGGCAACAACGGCAUCCCUCCUCACAUGCUCCGUGAGGUGGCGCUGCUGUGUAGGAUGAAGUACUUCGACCACCCCAACGUCGUCAAGUUAUUGGAUGCGGGGGCCAUGCUUGUGGGCAAGGUAUUGGACCUCAACUUGGUGUUGGAAUACAUAGACCAGGACCUGUCCACUUACCUGUCCAGAGCCUCUCCGUCUGGACUUAGCCGUGACGACAUUAAGGCCGUGAUGCAGCAGCUGAUGCGCGGCCUGGACUUCCUGCACGUCAACAUGGUGCUGCACCGUGACCUCAAACCGGAAAACGUCCUGGUCAGCAGCAGCGGCCUGGUCAAGAUCGCCAACUUUGGCCUGGCUUGCUUGUACACCUUCAACACGGCUUUCACGCCAGGUGUUGUCACGUUGUGGUAUCGAGCUCCGGAAGUGCUACUCAACUCUGUUUACAUGUCAUCUGUGGACGUGUGGAGCGCGGGAUGCAUCUUUGCCGAGCUCUUCCUGCUAAAGCCGCUCUUCAAAGGAUUCAGUGAGGCGCAGCAGCUUCAAAUCAUCUUUGAGUUCAUCGGUUUGCCCGGCGAGGAUGAGUGGCCACAGGACAGCCCCGUCACUUACUCACUCUCGUUGGGGCCCAAAGAGCCCAGUCCCCUGCUGCUGCUCUCCUUGAACCUCGACGAGAGAGACCUCCUCCUGCAAUGUUUGACCUUCACGCCGAGCAGACGCAUCUCGGCCGCCGGGGCUCUUGCUCACCCCUUCUUCAGCCAGCACUGAGGGA